UUGCCCGGAGAGCGGCGACGGCAUACCCUCAGUCCUCUACUUCGUCCUCUCCGCAACGUUCGAGCUCUCCUGUCCCGCAUCAUCGCCCCAGACCCUCGUUCUCGGCAUUUCUGGAUGACGGCGACCGGCCUUUGGACCAUCCGCCGCGAUCGUCAAUGCUCAGGGCACCAAGCUCCCCGUCCAUAUUCUUGCAAAACAAAUCCUUCUCGGCGAGCCGCCUCCCCGCAGGCCGCCAGUUCGAUGCCGGGACUCAAAGCACACCCGUAUACACCCUUCUGCCCCAUCAUCGCUCAUCAUCGCCUCAGCCCCCGCUCCAUGUCCAGUCGUCAACCCAAACCGAUGCAAUGCCCGUCCCAGAGCCUGUUUCCGACUCGCAGCCUGACUCCAAGCGCCUCAGCCCCACCCUGAAGGCGGCCGACCUGGAUCAGCUCGCUGAUGCCCCACGACCAUCGCCCGACAAACAAGAUCGAUCGCCUCGUCUCGAUCUCCGAGCCCUCGAGUCCCCUGCACGGCAAGAUGGCGGGCCAGGGUACAAACGCAGCAAGCCGGAAUCAGAGUCGGGACUGUUGAGCCGCACAGCUCGUCUGGUUGACCCCCGGCGAGAGCUCAACCACACAGAUCCCGACAUGGACGACGAAGAUGCCUUUGAGAGAGCGGAUAUGGCCCUCGAAGAGUCAUUCCGUGAGUCUCUGAUCGCAACACAAGUGACGCUGCAAGAAAAGCAGAGCUCCCUGUUCAAGGUGCAGCACGAGCUCAACUGUAUCGCCAAGUCGCUGAGGAAACGAAGCAAAAAACUGAGUCUCCGCGAAGCCGAGCUCAAUGAUCGCGACAAAUCCCUCGAGGCUCGCAUCAGCCAGGAGGUUGCUCGCCGAGUUGAGGAGGAGCUGCAGCGACAGCAAGAGCGCUGGAAAAAGGAGCUCGAUAUGGUCCUGGAUCGCUGCGACAGCUCAUUGAACAUGCUAUCCAAAGAGAACAAGAGGCUCCAAAACGCCAUGAAGGACAUGGUCGUUGUCAACAAGAAGCUGCGGGAGCAACUCAACCAGGUCACAGAGGAGGGCUUGGCGAAGAAUGCCCGCAUCGACAAGCUGACGGCCCAGUUCAAGGAGUACCGCGAUCGCAGUGAGCGGCUCAAAUCAACGCUGAGCGCCAAGCAAGCAGUCGAGCCGGUGUUGAACACGUUGGCGCUACGCAAAAAGGAGGCGCCGGUCGAACCAAAGACUGAGCAGCAGCCAAAGAAGAUCAGUGCCGCUGCAAAGCGCACAGCGAGCACCCAGACCGAGUCGCAUAUACUUCCGAGUAUGGCCGUAUGCACAAGUCAGUGCUACAUCAAAAACAAUCAGGCGACGGCAAAGCUCAAAAACUACACCCAGAUUCUACUUGCAAUCAUCUGCCGAUUAUCGCAGCGGCCCACAGUCGAACACGAGCGCGUCAGAGCGCUUAUCCACGAAAAUCGGUCAUUUGUGCUGGACACGGUAGUAUCAACGUUUAUCGAGGUUUGCGAUCACAAGUGUCAGCUGGUGGACCAAGGCGCAAUCCUGGACUUGUCGACCGCAUACUAUGAUAUCAUCUUGGGCAUCUGCAGAUCCGAUCUGUUAUCGAGUGAGCAGACCUUCCAACUGGCACAGGUGGCAUACAAGCGCUAUACCGACCUGGUGGCGAGCGAUGAGGCGCAACACGCCGACACCGGGAUCGAUCGCGUACUACUUUCGUUGAUCAUUGCAUCUGGGGUCCAGCAAAUCGACGUCCUUGAAUCUGUGCUCGAUCGACUGCUGCUCGACUUGGCAGCGGAUCAGGCGAAACUCUGUUUCCUCGACCACGACGGGCUCGGUAUCGUGGCGGCGUUUCUUGAGAAGAAUAGCUACGGAACCAUUGGCGAGCUAGUUAGCUCGAUUGUGCUGAGUCUUUGCUCGGAGGGACCGUAUCUGCACAAGUUCCUUGAGAUGUGUGGCAAGAGCAAUCGACUGUUGGAUGCGGUAGCAUCGGCACUGGGUUCCUCCAAGAUGACCGUGGCCGAGAACCUCUCCGUACUGGUCCAGAAGCUCUCGAAAACAGUACUCGGUCAAGAAGCCAUUGCCAACCACCGCGCUCUCUUCGGUCUGCUGCGUGACAUCAAGAAGAACCAGGUCCAGUACCAGAGCAGCGGCGGCGAGUUUCUGAUUCUCAACGUAACUUCGGCGCUGAACUUCCUGGACACCUGACGGCCUGGCCGUAGACUCUGUGUUAGGACAUGUGCGGUGCAGCGCACAGCUGUAUCGGUACCCAGAGCCAUGUUCCAAAUAGAUUUGGCUAUCGUUUCC